UACCGUUCCGGUUACGAUAUUUGUGUAUAUUAUUAUAAGAAUUAAAAUGAAUCUAACUACAACUGAUGCAGAUCGUUCAUUCAUUUCAAUACAACAAUCUGCACAACCAAUUUUUUCAUUAUCUGAUCCAAGAAUGGGUAGUAUUCAUUUAAAUUCCGAAAGUGAAAAUCGAGACGCGGACUCGAGUUAUUCCAUGAGAGACAGGCCGCUGUCGCUUUGCAUGUCGGCUGCUUGUGCCGCCCAACAGGUGCCGGUAUCCUCAUCGAGAACGCCGCCGACUUCGGUCGCACCGACCUCGGGACAUUACUCGGCGGCGGUGACGAGUGGUCAAGUCGUAGCCAAGACCAAGACACUGGGACUGACUUGCGUCGUGUGCGGCGACACGUCGAGCGGAAAGCAUUACGGCAUAUUGGCGUGCAACGGUUGCAGCGGAUUCUUCAAGAGGAGCGUCCGCCGUAAACUUAUCUACAGAUGCCAAGCGGGAACCGGCAGUUGCGUAGUGGACAAAGCGCAUCGUAACCAAUGUCAGGCGUGCAGACUGAAGAAAUGCCUCAACAUGGGCAUGAAUAAAGACGCUGUCCAGAAUGAACGUCAGCCAAGAAACACGGCAACCAUACGUCCGGAAAAUCUAGCUGAUAUGGACCAUGAACGAGUGAUUCGAGAAGCGGCUGUGGCGGUUGGAGUGUUUGGGCCAUGUCUUUACAGACCUCCGGUUUCAGUGGCAUUGGCAUUAUCUCCUCUGAGAUACCAUCCCAACGGGCCAAUAGCACCGCCGAACAUACAGCAACGGCCCGCAGAACCGUCGCCGACCGCAUCUUCAUCGCCGAAACAAGAAUCUCACCACGAUGACCAAGAUGAUGAUGACAGUAUAGACGUGACCAAUGAAGAACCAGAUACGUCUGACAAUAAAAGGGCGUCGUCUUCGCCACCGGCGAUUCCAAUACCACUUACCCAACACCAUUCUAUGUACGAUCAUCAUCCGUCAUUUUAUCCUGGCUUACACGAAAACGUAUAUGAAACGUCCGCCCGUUUGCUUUUCAUGGCUGUUAAGUGGGCGAAAAAUUUGCCGUCUUUUGCAUCUCUUCCGUUCAGAGACCAGGUGAUUCUCUUAGAAGAAUGUUGGUCGGAAUUGUUCUUGUUGAACGCAGUCCAGUGGUGUUUACCACUGGAAAACAACCCGCUUUUCAACCCUUCGGAUCACGUGGCAGCCAUACCCAAUGGUAAAGCCAGCCAAGUGGCAGCCGACAUACGCGUACUCAAUGAAACCCUGCGAAGGUUCAGAACCAUCAGCGUCGACCCUGCCGAGUUCGCGUGCAUGAAGGCUAUCGUUUUGUUUAGAGCCGACACGCGGGGAUUGAAAGAUCCGAUACAAGUGGAGAACCUGCAGGACCAAGCGCACGUCAUGCUCGGCCAACACACCAGGAAUCAACAUCCUGGCCAGCCGGUUCGGUUCGGCCGGCUGCUGUUGAUGUUGCCGUUGCUAAAAAACGUGCCGGCCGCCCGGAUCGAGGCCAUAUUCUUUCAGCGGACCAUCGGCAACAUACCGAUGGAAAAAGUCUUGUGCGACAUGUACAAGAACUAAUGGCGUAGCCGACAACGGACGAUAACCAUCCAACUCUCAUGAAUCAUGAUAUUAUAAUUAAUAAUAACGUACAACGCGAUACUUACCUACGUCACAUACUAUCGCGUCGUCGCGUAUUAGGUAUAGCCGGUAUACCUAUAGAAACUCAAUUCAGCGGCUUUCAUGAUGUAUGGAAGCAACACCUGUACGCCUACACUUGUAAUACUAUUACCCCUUUUGAACCCAUUACGAUAUAUUUCAAGGAACCGCGUAGAACCUUGUACAAAACAUAGAUUUACCUUCCGGGCGCCUUACGAGCACUUUUUAAGCAAGGAAUGACACGGUUGAUUUGGCCAUUACUCGGCACGGCCGGCACGCACACUCAUACUGUUAUGCUCUAUCGCGUCCAAACAAAUUCGACGUGAAAUGGGUAACGUACCCCUCCCCUCCCACCCAAAGACUAAUAAUCGCAAUACGUGCCCGGAUUUAAUAAAAACGCGUGUGUUUAGAUUUCAAAAAUUAAUUCUUAUUUCAUACUCAUUGCGAACGGUUAAAUUUUUAUAAUAAUUUCCGCGUAACCAUCGAUAGAUAUCGCGAUAUUGUGAUUUUGAGCAUUGGUCUAAAAUGUGAUUUAGAAAAUGUAUGCAAUAUUAGAUAAUAGAUAAUAAUAAUAAUAAAAGUAAAAGAAUAUAAUAAUUUGUAUGGCCAUAAUAUAACCGAUGUUAAUACAACUGGUUUUGUUUAUCACUGCAUGUUUAAAACGUGUAUUAUUGGACAACAAUUAUUGUUGAAUUUAGUAAUUUCUGAUGUGAACUUUUUAUUUCCAACGUGUGUUAAUUACAUUUAACAUUAUGUUGUAAAUAAAUUACACAAAUAAUAAAACGAAUUGUAAUUGUUUCAAUCUGUAGAUCACCAGAAUUAUGUUAAAUCAUACUUUAGAUCAUAGGUAACUAAUAAUGAUACCUAUUGUUGUAGGUACAUUUUAUCACUUCCGUAUUUAGUGGCGUAGCCGUGAGGGCUGCAACCUUUCAAAGAAAAUUUAAAAAUGCUUCCGUUGUUCUGUGAACGUAUUAGGUAUGUAACUAUAUAAGACUUGGCCACGCAUAAAAAUUGUGAUUUGUACGAUGGAUGAUUGCUGUAAAUAAUUUAUCCUAAAAUGUUAAACGUGUAUCAUUACAGUCUUUUAUGAAUCCGAGUACCACCUACUCAUUUUAAAAACGAUCACUUAGAAGAGUGGUAAACAAUGUUGGACCAAAUAACCUUUUUAAUAAAAAAAAACGUAUAUAAUAUUAUUUGUAACUAUUUCUAGUUUAGGUGCUUUGGUUAGGUUAUAAUUUAACCUAAAUAAUUAUAAAAACAUAUGCAUUUACUGCACGAAAAGUAAAAUGGAAUAUUCAUAAUUAUUUAUUAUGUAAAGUUGUUUUAUUUUUUAUAAUUAUUUUAAUGAUUAUGGUUUAAAUAAUUUUAUAAGAAUGUCGGUGUUGCUUUGUAUUAACAAUAGGACAUCAAUAGCACAUGUGACUUUCCAAGAACCACUGGUACGCCAAACUUCUGGAGGAUUCUAAUUAAAUCUCCCCAAUACAAAAAAUUAUGAACCUCCCUACACACACAUAUACAUAACUACUAUCAACACGUCAAAAUCUUGGCAAUGGCACAGCAAGGUAUACCUAAUAUCUAUAUAUUUACCUUAUCUACCAUUUAUCAAUGAGAAUAUGAUUUUUUACCACUUUUAAUUUGUUUUCUGUUUCUACCAUAUGAUGUUUGUGUAUAUACUAUAUAGUAUACAUGUUGUAAUACAACGGUUGUAUAAUAAGUAGAUGCACAUUUUAUAUGCGCGUGUGACACAAUUACAUUAUUAGCGACAUAUUAAGGUAUAAAAUAAAUAGCAAAAUAUGCUAAACAUAUAAAUCAGUAGCUAUUCAAGUUGUUUUAGAUCAUUCAGGUAAUUCAUCAAAUUCUUAAUUCAAAUUAUUACUUCCCUUUAUUUAACUAUACAAUACUAUUCCACUAUAGUACAGUAUUAUUAGUUGGUUAAUGGUUAUUAAAGAAAAACAUUUCAGUAACGGUUUCCAAUUGUAUACCAUAUUUACUUUAAAUUUCCUUCC